AUUCCUAUAUUAAAUCAAUUGAUUCCCCAUGGUAGAGAAGAAAAACUGCGCACGGACCGUACUCGGGCUUCGGAUCAAUGUCCCCAGAAGCAAGGAGUACGCCCGCGUAUUUCAACGAGAACACCGAAAAAACCAAAUUCAGCUCCACGUAAGAUAGCCAAAGUACGAUUGAGCAAUCGACAUGAUAUAUUUGCUCACAUUCCGGGCGAAGGUCAUAAUUCAUGUAUUUUUAAAAUAUCAUAUUUUUAUAAAUUUUAUUAUUAUACAAUUAAAAAUAUUAAUCGUCAAAAUUAUGCAUUGACAUACAUGACGUGGUCAACUGACUUACUCGUUGUGGGAGUGGUGGAGUAUGUCAUUUAAAAAAUAUUCAUGAAG